AUGAUUAUUGUAUUGCUAAUAUUACUAUUUGAUGUUAAGGCAGAUUGGUACCAUAGCACUUUGGCAUUCACAUUGACAGCGAAUAACCUUCAAUAACACUUGGGAAAGUAGAAACACGUAAGUAUUUAACGAAACAGGUUGUAUUAGAUUUCUUUACUCCCUGGUGUAUAUAUUGUCAACAUAUGGCAGGAGAAUUCAAUUAGGUGUUUGAACACUAUAAGGCAACAAGGCCAGAUAUCUUGAUUGCUAAGAUGAAUUGUGAUGAGUAACAAAAUAGGCAUAUCUGUCAUCGUUUUGGAGUGCAUUCAUUUCCAACAAUUUUAUACUUUCCUCCUGGAUAGGAUAGACCGACUUCAUAGUUUCAGAAUCACAGGAGGUUUGAAUUCUUCGUUUAAUGGAUUGAUUCGUUGGCAGAGUCUGGAUAAUAAAAAUUGGAGAAGAUGUUAAAGGAGCAGGAAUAAUAAGAAUAACGAUUAAAAGAGAUGAUGGAAUUAGAGAGAUUGAAGAAAAUUGAAUUCGAAGAGCAAGAUACAAAAAAGGAAGAAGAAAUACAGAUAUCAAAAUCUAUUUAAUUGUAAAUUGCAGAAGCCAAUACUUUUAUUGAGACAAUCAAAGGGGUGGAAAAGGAAAUCUAGACUUUACAAUAGAAAACUGCUGAAUUGAGCAUCAAAUUGGGCGAGAUGAGAAAAAUGUCGAGAGUGAAUGUAAAUCAUGCUUUGGUGUUUGGGAUCAUAGGCUUAUUUAUUGGAGUAGUGAUGACCUCUUGUGUGUGUUUAUUUCAAAAGACAAAUCAUGUUUAUGCAGAAAAAGGAGUUUGA